AUGAGAAAAGACCCCCCAGAAGGAUGGGAUGUUGUUGAAGAGACACUGGAAGAGUUUGAACAAAAAAUGAGAGAAGCUGAACUUGAAUCACAUGAAGGUAAAAGAAAAACUGAAUCAAUUUGGCCAAUUUUUAAAAUUCAUCAUCAACGUUCAAGGUAUAUUUAUGAAAUGUUCUAUAAACAAAAAGCAAUUUCAAAAGAAUUAUAUCAAUUUUGUAUUGAUGCCAAGUUUGCAGAUCCACUUUUAAUAGCUAAAUGGAAAAAACAAGGUUACGAAAAUCUUUGUUGUUUAAAAUGUAUUCAAACAAAAAAUUCUAACUUUGGAACAAAUUGUAUUUGUCGCGUUCCAAAAAGUAAACUUGAAUCGGAUCGUAUAAUUGAAUGUGUACAUUGUGGUUGCCGUGGUUGUUCCGGUUAA